AUGGAUGAAUUUGAUUUGGCCUGUGUUCAAGACGAGUCGCAGCAAUCUCAGAUUCGACAGCCAGUUCAGUCUGACAAGCUUACAAGGUAUCUUGACAGCACUAGUGGUGCAGGAGUAGAGCGGCUUUUCAACUCUGCACGAGAUAUCUGCCAUUAUUGUCGAGGCUCUCUACAGCCUCAAACAAUCUCAGAUCUUAUGAUGUAUAUGUGUACAUCACAGUUCGAGAUUCAUGAAGAGAAGCAAAUAAUGCUCUCUGAAUAUCUUUUGACUCAGGAGAUACAGGCUGCAAAGGAAGAGAGAACUCAGCAACAAAUCACCGUUGAUCCAAUUAGUGAUAAUGAAGAGGAUGAAGGGCUUUCUUCUACAGAGCCCCAAGAAACUUUGUAA